UCAAUUUGGGAAGCCCAAAAUCGCACCUCCAUAUAAACCCUAUCCCAAGAUUCCUGAGGCACCGCGUUUCGGAGCUUUUGGCGAUAGCAUUCUUCUGCGUUCGGAGGGAAAGAUGUCGGGUCGUGGAAAAGGAGGGAAGGGGCUGGGCAAAGGAGGAGCCAAGAGGCACAGGAAAGUGCUGCGUGAUAACAUUCAGGGUAUCACGAAGCCUGCGAUUCGGCGUCUGGCCAGAAGAGGUGGAGUCAAGAGGAUCAGCGGCCUCAUCUACGAGGAGACUCGUGGCGUCUUGAAGAUUUUCCUCGAGAAUGUUAUUCGCGAUGCUGUUACUUACACUGAGCACGCUCGCAGGAAGACGGUCACCGCCAUGGAUGUCGUCUACGCGCUCAAGAGGCAGGGAAGAACUCUCUACGGCUUUGGUGGUUGAUUUCCCCUAUGCUUUUUAUUUGCUGGGGUUGUAAACGAUGUCCCAAAAACAAAAACAAAAGAAAAAUCGUUUGGUUGUUUCUGAUUGGAA